AGUUUUCCAACGUUUUUUGGUGAUUUUGGUGUAGUAAAAAUUUUUAAAAUUAAUAUUUCUAAGUCUCUAGAACGAUUUUGCGAAGGAGUUUUUUUCAAAGAAGUGAGAAUGCCUCAAGGUCGACGUAAAGUCCCUUUCAGUGCGAAGCAGAAGAAGCUACAACUGCAAGCUAAACGACAUAAGAAACAAGGGCUGUUGGAACACCAGAGUGAUGAUUCGGAGCGAUCACGAGACCAACCUCGAGUCCAAAAAAUCAACCAACAACCGACUACAGCUGCUGGUAAAUCGAACAGAUACGCUUUGCAAUUCUUCAAAGAAACCAAUGAAGAAAUCCAACAACGUAAGGAGCAAGCUAGACAGGCCAUUGUUCCUGUAACCGAAGAAGAACUUGAAAUCGAUAUCGAUAAUUAUUUCCUUCCCGAGUUAGAUUUCCCUAAAAGGCCAUUAUGGGAUUACGAGAUGACUAAAGAAGAGAUCGAUUUGCAGGAGAAUCGUUACUUUAGGGAGUAUUUGGCCGGAAUUGAGAAACAGUUUCCGUUGAAAGACUUGAGUUACUUUGAAUUGAAUUUGGAAACGUGGAGACAAUUAUGGAGAGUCAUCGAGAUGUCCGAUAUUAUAUUAAUUAUAGUCGAUAUUAGAUUUUCUGCCCUUAUGUUUCCUCCAUCUUUAUACAAGUUCGUAGUGGAGGAUUUGAAAAAAGAAAUGAUCCUGGUUCUGAAUAAAAUCGAUUUAGCUCCAGCUGAAUUAGUCGUAGCUUGGAAGUAUUACUUUUUAUCGAAAUUUCCAUCCAUUCAUAUUCUUACAUUCACUUCGGUUCCCGGUUACAAUCUUCAUGGAAAUGUUGAAAGUAAAAUGAAUGCGAAACGAAAAGCUCGUAUGAGGAUGUCUUUCGAAGGUGCUCAAAAGCUUCAAGAACUGUGCGAUAAAAUCGUUGGAAGUGAAGUCGAUUUGAGUUCUUGGAAGAAGAAAAUAAUCGAAGAGAAAAGUAAAGAAUACGAUAACGAAGAACUAGAAGUUGAACAGAGCACUGAAAUCACCUCUAUCGAUACCAGUUACCAUAAACAUCAAAAAUUUCGCGAUGGUGUUCUAACUAUCGGAUGUAUUGGGCAACCGAACGUUGGAAAGUCUUCAUUGAUGAAUGCGAUCAUCGGAAAAAAGGUUGUCAGUGUAUCAAAAACUCCAGGCCAUACGAAGCAUUUCCAGACUAUAUUUUUAACACCCACUGUUAAAGUUUGUGAUUGCCCCGGAUUAGUUUUUCCAUCAAAAGUUCCUAAAGUUUUACAAGUGCUCAUGGGAAGUUUCCCAAUUGCUCAACUUCGAGAACCGUACACAUCUGUGAAGUAUAUCGCUGAGAGAAUAGACUUGGUUAAAUUAUUACAUCUGCAACAUCCAAACGAUGACGAAGAAUGGUCUUCGAUGGAUAUUUGCGAUGGCUGGGCCAAAAAACGAGGCUUUCUAACUGCCAGAGCUGCUCGAUUGGACAGUUACAGAGCAGCAAAUCAUUUACUCAGAUUAGCUCUGGAUGGUAAAAUCUGCCUAUGCUUACGACCUGCCGGAUACUCGACUAAAAUUGAGCACUGGAAAACCCAUCCAGAAAUCCAAGAAGUAUUAUGGAUUCAAGCUAAAAAUAAAUCCGAAGAAAGCCAACUCCGAGGUAAUAUCGAGUCCGACGAAGACGAAAGUGAUAGUUGUCGAUCAAGUGGCGAUAGUGGAGAAACAGACAGUGGAGAAGAUAGUGAUGAAAGCGAUGUCGAAUCUACCGGCGACUUCUCAUCAGCGUCUACGAAUAAAUUCGCAGCUUUGGGCGAAGUAGAAUAAAUUGCAUUUUUAAUUCCGUACUCUAUACGCUUAUUUAAUUUAUUACUUACGAAUAAAAAAUUAUCGCUUUUGAA